AUCCACAUACCUGGGCUAGGUAGAGGCAGCCAACAUUUCCUCCGUGAUCAACACCAUGACUCGGCAUGGGUCGAGACACUGCACUCUUCCUUGUUCUUUUGCAUUUUGUAUAUAACCACCAACCUCAACAGACGAAAGGCGUUAUUAUAACGAGUAUACAUCAUCUGUCAUCACCACCACACGACAUCCUUGCCCGCUAUUCUAGUCCUGCCGAACCGCCUUGGUGACAUCCAACUACCCCGACCGUGUCCCAACUGACCAACUCUUGCGCUUGCCUUGCGCGCCGUCAUAUCUCUCUACUGGGCAGCCCCUACGGAAUCAUGAACACGACGAACAAGUCAUCUCGACAUUUAUAAAACAGACCGCCACCAUGCCCUCCUCCGAAGGACCACCAGCUCUUAGUCGCACCCGCACCGGGUCCGCCACCACUGACUCCGCCGAUCUGGGUACAGGCAACCCCCAUUCGUUACACCAAGCUAUCUACGCCCGGCGCGAAGAGUAUACCCGUCCCCAUCGGAUACGCGUUAAGGUCGGAACGUGGAAUGUGGCUGCUUGUCCUGGCACGGAUAAAGACCUGGCCAGCUGGUUUGUCGACGGCAAGGGAAUCGAUACUGCGCUAGCCACUCUCGAUCUUAACCGGAACGCGGCUAUCGAGGGGGACACUGAUGGGGAGGACGGGGUACACAUACUGGGCAGAGACAAAAUCGGUCUCUAUGUGCUGGGAUUGCAAGAAGUCGUUGACCUAAAUACGGCAAGCCAGUACGUCAGUCGCGUGUACUCCGGGGAUGAGGGGGUUACCCAAAAGUGGAAGACUGCGCUCGACACCGCUCUACCUCCAGGCUACAAGCUCGUUGCCUCUGAGCAUAUGACUGGCCUCCUGCUUCUCAUCUAUGCCUCUCCAGAGGUUGCGCCGACCAUCAGCAAUGUGAGCACUGUCAGCGUUGGCACAGGCCUCCUCGGCUACAUGGGCAACAAGGGCGCUGUCGUCACUCGCAUUAUCCUCGGCGAGUCCACCAGGCUGGUCUUUGUCAACUGCCACCUUGCCAGCGGUAUCGAAGGAACAUACAAUGAGCGGCGCAUCUGGGACGUUGGCCAGAUCCUUGGCCGCACCCGCUUCAAGCCCGUCAGCUUUGCUGGUGUGUCAGAGGACUACGAAGAGAAGAUCGGCGACGAGGACUUUACCUUCUGGUUUGGUGACCUCAACUUCCGUCUCGAUGGUCUGCCUGGCGACGACAUCCGACACCUCUUGAUGUUGCACACAAAGGGAGAAUACGGUGCUCCCAGGCCAAGGUUCAGGCGCGACAACUCUCUGGAGGGAGAACCGAUCAUUGUACACGCUGACAAGUCAUCCGACGCUGGCGACGAGACGAACGAUGGCAAUUCGACGACGACCCACUCUACGGGAGACACCAAGGCUACCGACUAUGACAGUGAUUCCGACUUGGAUGCGCUCCCCGAUCCUGAUGACUUUUUGCCAGACCCCCACGACGAUCCUACUUCACUACAAGCAACGCUGGAUUCGUUGCUUCCCCACGACCAACUCACCCGGCUGAUAAAGCAGAAGAAGGUGUUCCAUGACGGAUGGCAUGAGGGCACCAUUUCCUUUCUCCCAUCCUACAAGUACGACGUUGGCACUGUCGGCCUUUUCGACUCGAGUGAGAAAAGGCGGGCACCGAGUUGGUGUGACCGAAUCCUCUACCGCACCCGCAAGGAUAAGGAGGCGUAUGAUAAGAAGAUCAAGGAGGCCGAAGACGCACGCAAAAAAGAUGAGGAGAUGAAAGCUCGCGGUAUCGACCAGGCCGGAGAUGAUGACGAGGUGCUUUUCGACUAUGACCCGGAUAACGACGGCGACGACGAUCACUCGCCAGAUGUGUCACGGCUGGAAUACGACGAAUACGACGAGGGCGAAGAAGGCGAUAACCAACAUGACAGAGAUGACUGGGUGGAUAGGAUACGCCAGGACAUCUACACGUCUCACCAAAGGAUCACAUCUUCCGACCACAAGCCCAUCAUAUCCAUCUUUACGCUGAACUACGACGCUGUUGUGCCGGACUUAAAAGCAAAGGUCCACGCAGAGGUGGCCUGGGAACUGGACCGCGCUGAAAACGAAGGCCGCCCUUCUCUGACCGUGGUUAACGACUCGCGCGACACCCGAGGACCGGGGCGUCCUGGUGGUUCUCAAGAUUCCGCUGAAGAGCUCGUCGACUUUGGAGAAGUGCGCUUCCUGCAAAAGCAAAGCGCCACCCUUACACUUGCAAACACGGGCCGAGUUGCAUGUACCUUCUCUUUCGUCGACAAACCCUCUCCUGCUAAAGAAGAUGGCCCGAUCCCGCCCCCUUGGCUGAAAACGUCAUUCAUCUCUUCAGAACCCGCCGUCGAUGAUUCACGUUUACCAGAUCUCGGCAAGGAAGUUACUCUGGAGCCCGGUGAAACGGUCAGGGCGCAACUACAGGUCAACAUCAACCAUGUAGAGCAGGCUAGGGUACUCAACAGUGGGAGGGACAGGUUAGAGGAAGUUCUUAUCCUUCGGGUAGCCGAUGGCCGGGAUCACUUCAUUCCUGUGCGUGGUGUUUGGAUGCCUACGUGCAUCGGUCGCUCCAUUGACGAGCUUAUCCGGGUACCCGAGGGGGGUCUUCGCAAGUUUGUUCACUCCUUGACUGCGAAGAACAGCGGUAAGGUCAUGUCCGUCCCAGAAGAAAUGGAUGUCCAUUGCGCUGCGCCCAGGGAGUUAUUCAAACUCACCGAGGCCCUUGAGUCGGUAACAGAGCGCGUAUUGGCAGACGAGCAGAUGCUGGAAGAGUAUAAGGUCCCUAGAUCAUCAGGUUGGCCCUUUGAAGAAGAUACCUGGCGAGUCACCGACAAGUCCCUCCGUGCCUCUCGCGCCGCCGACCUUAUCGACGCCCUCGACGAAGGCAUGGUCCACAUCGUGGACGCCUUUUCCGCCGAGGUCCCGGCUGUCGAGCGUAUUGAGACUGUUGCUGAAGUCCUCACGCUCUUCCUCCGCGGCCUCACGGACGGUAUCAUCACGACGUCCCUUUGGUCACGGAUCGAACAAGCUUCUCUCGUCUCCCUAGGCCAGGGGGCACCUGCAUCCUCCAAGAUUCCACCUCAAGAAACAGCCUAUGAACAGGACAAGGGCACAAUCCUCGACAUCCUCUCUACGGCGCCCAAUCACAACAUCUCCUUCGUCUUCCUAACAGCCACCCUAGCCAAGGUCACCACCGAUCUUUCCCCCAUCACAAAGUCUGACCUGGAACUCCUUAAAUCGGACACUCCUGUGCGCCUUAGUGUGCUGAACAGGCGGUCACUCACCGCAGGACUGGUCAAACGAAACACUUCGUCUGGGUCUUCGGGACAAGCAAUGGCCGCAAUGGCCGCGAGGCAGGCGAAGGAAAGGAGCUUUGCUGAGGUGUUUGGAGAGCUGGUAUGUCGAGCGCCAGUGCAGAAGGGCAUGAAGGAUAAGGAGAGGAAGGCGGUGGAGGAGAAGCAGCAAGCUGUGCUGGAACUGUUUUUGAGGAGGAGAGGGGACUGAAAUGAAAAGACAGGUUGACUGAACAGGUUCUUUAGAUGGACGUUUUGGAGUAGUACGGGACAUAUGGGAAGCAUGCUUGGCGUACGGGAACACUGAUGGCUUCUCACUGACAAGCGAGUUAAGCCUUGCGUUUGAGUUGUACUGCAAUGUUUGUUGGCAUAGUGUAAUGCUGUAUUAGUCAGAGGGUAGCGUGAUGCCUUGUUGUUUGUCUAGCGGAGUUUUAGUUGCUUCGAUUCAUCUUCAUCUGGGGUGGUGUUGCCAAUGGUGAUGAUCAGUUUGCUCACCGGAGAAAGUUUGAGAAGGCGACGAAAGCUUGGCUGUGAUCGG